AAUUGUACAGUAUCUUGAAGAUAAGUCAGCAGUCGGUAGCCUAUUAGACAACAGAAUAGAAGGCACGGAGCCGAAUGUUACAAAACCUUGUUUAAAUUACAGUUUGGCAUAAAAAAUGUCGAAAACCGUUGGCGAUAUAUUAAUUGGAGUCCUGGAUGACUUGGGAGAGACUGAAUUGAAGAAGUUCAGACGUAAACUCUGUGACCGCAAGCAGGAGCCAAAAGUUCGCAGGGGCAUUGUUGAGAAAGCGGACCCAGUGGACUUGGUAGACAUUCUGACCCGUACCUUCACUGAAGAUGGGGCUGUGAAUGUGGCUAUAGAGGUCUUGGCUGCAAUUAACUGCCAAGAUGUCGCAAAGGAACUGAUGGAAUUCAAGAAAUCUCCGGGAUCUUGCGUAACAUCUGGUGAUAGAAUGGAAAGUGCAACUGGACCAACGAAGAUGAACCAAGAUAAACACUUUGUGGACCAUCACCGGACGGCCCUGAUCGACAGAGUGAGCCAGGUGGAACCCCUAUUGGAUAGACUCCUGGAGAGGGGAAUCAUCACCCAAAACACCUACAGUGACGUGAAGGCUAACAGAACCACCCAGAGCAGGAUGAGGGAGCUCUACGAUGGCCCUCUGAAAGCAUGUGGGCCUAAAGGCAAAGAUAUAUUCUUAGAUAUCCUGAUGGAGCUGGAGUCAUUCCUAAUCAGUGACCUGAAGGGGGAAUAAUGGAGAUAGGGGCCAUUCACAUUUUUUUAAAGGCAAGCGACAAAAAUGUGAUGAUAAUAAUGCCCUCUGUUUUACAGUACAUUCUUAAAUUGGAAAAAUGAAUUGUCUCCAAAGUUUUCAAUAAAUGAAUACAUUUUA